AUGUUAAGUGAGGUAGGAGGACCUCCAGGUCAGACCCAGGAACGAAUUCAGAGCCCUGCCAACAUCAGAAGGAACAUGGAGAUGAGGAGUCCAGCCACAGCUAGGACCUCAAGAACUGAGGGCUACAGCAACACUGGAUUCCAGGAUGAAAGCAUUCUUGAAAACCAGAAUGCAUCAGGAAACAACUCGAUAAGGAGUAGAGCUGUGCAAAGCAGGGAACAAGGAAACACCGAACAGGGGGAAGAAGCGCAGGUUACCAUAGAACAGGAUGCCCUAAGAAAUAAAGAAGACACAGAGGAGGACCAAGAUGUAAUUCCAAAAGGGUAUUUGGAAAAGAAGUAUGCUACAGUUUGUGAUUUUUGUAGGAAACAUAAAACCAUUCUUCGUUACAUCAUCUGGGGAACUUUAUUAACUGGUUUCCUGGCUCUGGUGAUCACAGCCUGCGUGCUGAACUUUCACAGAGCCCUUCCUCUUUUUGUGAUCACUGUAGCUGUCAUCUUCUUUGUUGUCUGGGAUCACCUGAUGGCCAGAUAUGAGCAUCGAAUUGAUGAGCUCCUGUCUCCAGGCAGAAGACUGCUGGACAGCCACUGGUUCUGGCUGAAGUGGGUGAUCUGGAGCUUACUGAUCCUAGGGGUUAUCUUCUGGCUGAUUCUGGACACUGCCAAAUUGGGUAAACAGCAGCUGGUGUCCUUUGGUGGCCUCAUCACGUACAUUAUCCUGCUAUUUCUGUUUUCUAAGCACCCAACCAGAGUUCACUGGAGGCCUGUCUUUUGGGGAAUUGGAUUACAGUUUCUUCUUGGGCUCUUAAUUCUAAGAACUAAACCUGGAUUUAUUGCUUUUGAUUGGUUGGGUAGACAAGUUCAGACUUUUCUGGGGUACACUGAUGCUGGCGCUAUAUUUGUCUUCGGCGAGAAAUACACAGACCACUUCUUUGCAUUUAAGAUCCUGCCCAUUGUGGUUUUCUUCAGCACAGUGAUGUCCAUGCUGUAUUACCUGGGAUUCAUGCAGUGGAUCGUCAGAAAGGUCGGAUGGGUAAUGCUAGUUACUCUGGGCUCAUCUCCUAUAGAAUCUGUAGUUGCUGCUGGUAAUAUAUUUGUUGGACAAACAGAGUCUCCACUAUUGGUCCGACCAUAUCUACCACACGUGACCAAGUCAGAACUCCAUGCCGUCAUGACGGCUGGCUUCGCCACAAUAGCUGGAAGUGUCUUGGGUGCAUAUAUCUCUUUUGGGGUGUCAUCUACCCACUUGUUGACAGCCUCAGUCAUGUCAGCACCUGCGUCACUGGCUGUUGCCAAACUCUUUUGGCCUGAGACUGAGAAACCCAAAAUAACCCUCAAGAAUGCCAUGAAAAUGGAAAAUGGUGACUCCAGGAACCUCCUAGAAGCUGCAACGCAGGGAGCGUCCUCAUCCAUCCCUCUGGUGGCAAACAUCGCUGUCAAUCUGAUUGCCUUCCUGGCCCUCUUGUCUUUCAUGAAUUCAGCCCUGUCCUGGUUUGGAAACAUGUUUGACUACCCACAGCUGAGUUUUGAGCUCAUCUGUUCCUACCUCUUCAUGCCCUUUUCCUUCGUGAUGGGAGUUGACUGGCAAGACAGCUUUAUGCUUGCCAAGCUCCUUGGCUAUAAGACAUUCUUCAAUGAAUUUGUGGCUUAUGAGCACCUCUCCAAAUUGAUCAAUUUGAGGAAAGCAGCCGGACCCAAGUUUGUCGAUGGUGUGCAGCAAUAUAUGUCGAUUCGAUCAGAGACGAUUGCCACAUAUGCCCUGUGGUUUGCCAAUAUGGGUUCCCUAGGAAUCGUAAUCGGUGGACUCACAUCCAUAGCACCUUGCAGGAAACGUGACAUCGCUUCAGGAGCAGUGAGAGCCCUGAUCGCAGGAACCAUCGCCUGCUUCAUGACAGCCUGCAUUGCAGGCAUGCUCUCUGACACCCCUGUGGACAUCAACUGUCACCACAUUCUAGAAAGUACCUUCAACUCCAGUUUCCCUAGCAACAUGACCGAUGUAGUAUCUUGUUGCCAAAGUUUAUUACACAGCACUAUUGCCAAGGGACCCGGGGAGAUCAUCCCAGGAGGAAACCACAGUCUGUCGUCUUUGAAGGGCUGCUGCACAUUGGUGAAUCCAUCAACACUUAACUGCAGUUGGAUUCCCAACACAUUUUGA